AUGGCUGCAGCGGCAGCCACUGCGGCUCCAGCUUUCUCUGGCGGAUGCCAGUCUCCUUGCCUCGGCAAGACGUGCGAGGACUACUACACCAUCAUGUCGUGCGGCGAGAUGAAUGCCCUCAACGCGGUUGCUUCGGACUGCACCACGCCGCUCGAGGCCUGCAAAGCCGAGUGUUCUCGCGCUCUGUCGUGCGGCGCAAUUGAGACAGUGCAGCGGUCGGGCGCGAGCGGCGGCACCGAGCACGAGUGCUACUUCAUCGACGUGUACAGUUACACGUCCCGCGCUGCCGCCGCCGUGACGCACGUGGUGCCGCGUCCGGACGGCCCUUCCUGCUUUCUCAAGCCCACCUACGCAGCGGCGCUCGACCGGUGCCCAAAGCCGUCGCCCGAUUGCGCAUGCUGCUUCCUUGCCGGCCCACAGGCCGACUUUAGCAGCACCGGCAACUUUCAGUGUGAGGAUCUCGCGUUCGGCGAUCUGCGCGGGCUCGAUAUGUGGAAGGCGAACUUUGAGGGCGUGGAGAUGACUUGCGCUGCAUUCGACGACGCGCGCCUUCUCGAAACGACUUUCAAGGACGCCGUGGCGGCGAGGGCGAGCUUCGUGCGCGCGAAGCUAGACCGGAGCGAUUUUGACCAGACCGUGCUGCCGCACGCGAACUUCUCGGGGGCGACUCUGCGCGAGGCGAAGCUCGAGCAAGCCAACUUGCGGCACGCCACUUUCGACGGGGCAGACCUCUCGCGGACCAGCUUCGUCGAGAGCGACCUCAGCCACGCGACUUUCUUCGGAGCGGUCGGGGUGGCGACCGCACAGUUCGACCGUGCGCUCGGCUUGAACACGGCGAAGGGUCUCAGCCGCACGACACUGGCCGCGGCGCUCGUACAGGGUUGA